CCCAUCUGCCCCGGAAGCGGUCGGCGCGCGGCGCGGCUGGAUGCUAAGAUGGCGGCGGCGUGAGUUGCAUGUUGUGGAGGAUCCCGGGGCCAGGAUCCGUCGCUGGGGCCCCACCAUGGCGGUCACCAUCACGCUCAAAACGCUGCAGCAGCAGACCUUCAAGAUUCGCAUGGAACCUGACGAGACGGUGAAGGUAUUAAAGGAGAAGAUAGAAGCUGAGAAAGGUCGUGAUGCCUUCCCCGUGGCUGGACAGAAACUCAUCUAUGCUGGCAAGAUCCUGAGUGAUGACGUCCCCAUCAGGGACUAUCGCAUAGACGAGAAGAAUUUUGUGGUGGUCAUGGUGACCAAGGCCAAAGCUGGCCCAGGCACCUCGGCCCCCCAAGAGACCUCACCUACUGCUGCCCCGGAGUCUUCCACAUCCUUCCCACCAGCCCCUGCCUCAGGCAUGUCCCACACCCCACCUACUGCCAGAGAGGACAAGAGCCCAUCGGAGGAAUCGGUCCCCACGAUGUCCCCAGAGUCUGUGUCAGGCUCUGUUCCUUCUUCAGGUAGCAGCGGGCGAGAGGAAGACGCAGCCUCUACACUAGUGACUGGCUCUGAGUAUGAAUCAAUGCUGACUGAGAUCAUGUCCAUGGGCUACGAGCGGGAGCGGGUUGUGGCUGCCCUGAGAGCUAGCUACAACAACCCCCACCGCGCUGUGGAGUAUCUGCUGACGGGAAUUCCUGGGAGCCCUGAGCCAGAGCACGGCUCCAUCCAGGAGAGCCAGGUAUCCGAGCAGCCGGUCACAGAAGCAGCAGGAGAGAAUCCCCUGGAGUUCCUGCGGGACCAGCCCCAGUUCCAGAACAUGCGGCAGGUGAUUCAGCAGAACCCAGCACUGCUGCCUGCCCUGCUCCAGCAGCUGGGCCAGGAGAACCCUCAGCUUUUGCAGCAAAUUAGCCGGCACCAGGAGCAGUUCAUCCAGAUGUUGAAUGAGCCCCCCGGGGAGCUGGCGGACAUCUCAGAUGUGGAGGGUGAGGUGGGUGCCAUAGGUGAGGAGGCUCCCCAGAUGAACUACAUCCAGGUGACACCGCAGGAGAAAGAAGCCAUAGAGAGGUUGAAGGCCCUUGGCUUUCCAGAGAGUCUGGUAAUCCAGGCCUACUUCGCCUGUGAAAAAAAUGAGAACUUGGCUGCCAACUUUCUCCUGAGUCAGAACUUUGACGACGAGUGAUGCGGGGAAACCAGGCUGCCCACCAUCCCACCUCACCCCCAUUCUGCAAAAGUUUUAUAAAAGAAAAAAGAAAAAUAUAUAUAUAUAUAUAUAUUCAUGUUUAUUUAAGAAGUGGAAAAAAAUCAAAAACCUUUAAAAAAAAUUCUGCUCUCCGAAAGUGUCCCCACUUGGCCUGAGAAGACCAGGGCUAGACAGCUGUCCUCCAACCCCCCAGCCCAGCCUGCUGGAUGGAGCUGACAGGACUGGGAGGCAACAGAUGGGCCCCUCUUGGCCUCUGUCCCAGUGCCCUGCAGCCAGAUGGAGAGGUGGCUGCUUGCCUUCCCAUCCCCCAGAACCCCCGAGACCUCUCCCUGCCCGACUUCCAGGCUAAGGGGAAGCUGGAACCCCAACUUUGAUCCUUCAUUGGAGUAGCCCAGAUCAUUCCACCUGGGGCAAGUACUCAGGUGCCUAAGCCCGCCCACCCCCCCAUAUCAGGCCUUGGGUUACUCUCCAGUCU